AUGGGGCCGGGAGGCGGCGGGGGCCGCUCCCCCGUUUCCGGCGCUCCGGUUGUCGCUCAGACGUGGGGCCGAGCCCGGGACGAGCUGAGUUCCGCCCUAGGCUACUGUAGGGAACGGAGGUGGCGCCUCCCCCGCAAACCGGACCGACUGGAUCCGGCAGCCGCAGGGGAUGACGCGGGUGCCUCCAGGGCCCCGGCUCCGGGCGGGGAGGGCGAACCCCUCAGCCCGCACCGCGACGCCCGCCUGGGCAGCACCGAUAAGGAGCUGAAGGCAGGAGCCGCCGCCGCGGGCAGCUCCCCGACAGCGCUGGGGACGCCCUGGCAGCGGGAGCCGCGGGUCGAGGUUAUGGAUCCAGCGGGCGGCGCCAGGAGCCAGCUGCCCCGGCCCUGCCGCGUGCUGGUCCUGCUAAACCCGCGCGGAGGCAAGGGCAAGGCGCUGCAGCUCUUCCGCAGCCACGUGCAGCCCCUGCUGGCUCAGGCCGAGAUCUCCUUCACGCUGAUGCUCACUGAGCGACGGAACCACGCCCGGGAGCUGGUGCGGGUUGAGGAGCUGGGGCGCUGGGAUGCGCUGGUGGUCAUGUCUGGGGACGGGCUGAUGCAUGAGGUGGUGAACGGGCUCAUGGAGCGGCCAGACUGGGAGACCGCCAUCCGGAAGCCCCUGUGUAGCCUUCCAGCUGGCUCUGGCAACGCACUGGCAGCCUCUUUGAACCAUUAUGCCGGCUAUGAGCAGGUGACUAAUGAGGACCUCUUGACCAACUGCACCUUGCUGCUGUGCCGCCGGCUGCUGGCGCCCGUGAACCUGCUGUCACUGCAGACGGCCUCGGGGCUGCGCCUCUUCUCCGUGCUGAGCCUGGCUUGGGGCUUCAUUGCCGACGUGGAUCUGGAGAGUGAGAAGUUCCGGCGUCUCGGGCAGAUGCGCUUCACUCUGGGCACCUUCCUGCGCCUGGCGGCCCUGCGUGUCUACCAGGGCACGCUGGCCUACCUCCCCGCAGAAAGGGUGGCCUCCCAGGUGCCCGCGCCCCCCGCUGGGGAGCGGCAGGACCAGCAGGGGCCCGCGGACGCCCACCUCGUACCCCUGGAGGAGCCGGUGCCCCCGCACUGGACCGUGGUCCCGGAGCAGGACUUCGUGCUGGUGCUGGUGCUGCUGCACUCCCACCUGGGCAGUGAGAUGUUUGCGGCCCCCAUGGGCCGGCGUGCGGCCGGCACCAUGCACCUGUUCUACGUGCGGGCCGGCGUGUCCCGGGCCAUGCUGCUGCGCCUCUUCCUGGCCAUGGAGAAGGGGAGGCACAUGGACUAUGACUGUCCCUACUUGGUGUAUGUGCCUGUGCUUGCCUUCCGCCUGGAGCCCAAGGACGGGAAGGGUGUGUUUGCUGUGGAUGGCGAGCUGAUGGUCAGCGAGGCUGUGCAGGGCCAGGUGCACCCAGACUACGUCUGGAUGGCCGGUGGCUGCAUGGAGCCCCCACCCGGCCCGCAGCCUCAGCAGGGAGCACCUCCAGGAGAGCCCUUAUGACUCCGUGGGCCUUGCCGUGCCUUAGCCUACUUGGUCACCUCGGAGCUCAGGACCCUCCACAACCUCCCCCCGGGGCCUGGAGGGCCCGUCCACAGCUCAUGUGGUGGGGAGGAGGACCCCUGAAGACGGUGGGAAGGUGGACGCUGUGCUUUAGAAGGACAGUCUCUGCCUACCAAAGGCCAGAAUAAGGCUCUGGGCCAGGAGCCCAGCUGGUUGGGUCUCCCUGCCUGUGGAAGCCACUCCCAUUUUGUUUCUGGGAGCCCAACCCCAUGAAUCAAAUACAAAUAAAGUGACAUUCCCAGCCUA